CAAGGUCCAAGUUAUCAAUAGUGUCUCGCUUCACGGCAUUUUCGGUGGCAACUCUCUCCACUAUUGCUUUUGCUUUAGGCUUUAGCUUUUGCAGAGUUGAUCUUCUCAUCCCACCCCACUCAGUAAUCAUUCAAGUAUUUGGCCGCAAGCUUAAUGGCAUCAUGCUUCUCUUUAAUCGUUGGUAUCCCUUUAAGUACCGUUUCAAUUUUAUCUCCCCGUGAAAGAAAGAAAGAUGGCGACUUCUUCACCGUCUCUGAGUAACAAUGGCCUCUCCGCCGUCGUCACUCCUCCCAAGACUCUCCGUGGUCUCAACAAGCCUAAGUGUAUCCAAUGCGGCAACGUUGCUCGCUCCAGGUGCCCGUUUCAAUCUUGUAAGGGUUGUUGUUCAAGAGCAGAGAACCCCUGUCCGAUUCACGUUCUUAAAGUAGCUGCAACGCCUGGUGAGAAGAUGCAGGCGCCAAGUACACCAUCAUCAGACCAGAGAUCAUCUGAGGGCACUCCCGGGACUACAACUAGGGUUUCGUCAAUCCGCCAACUCUCUAGCAACUUUGCUCAGUUUAAUAACUUGAAUGCUUCCGCCCGCCAGAGAAAACCUUUGACGAUAAAGGAUGCUCAAGCUUUAAAUGAGUGGCGGUUUACAAAGCUUAAAGAGUAUAGAGACAGAAACAUCGAAGUAGAAAAUGAAGCUUUUGAUCGGUACAUGAGUAAUGUGAAUUUACUCGAAGAAGCAUUUUCAUUUACAUCUGCUCCUGAUGAAGAGGUUCCCGGAUCAGCAGCUUCUGAGCAAAACAGCGAGGAAAAAAAUAUGUCAGAGCUUAAACUGAGACUGAGAUCGAACUCUGCAAGGACAGAGAGCUUUAAGAAGCAGAUCACAGAGACUGUCAAUGCCGGUUUGUUUAAGCUUAAGAAACCGGAAUUUGGUGGUUCUUCAGAUGAUCAAGAUGAUAUGAAAAGGCGGAGGAAAAGAAAGAAAUGGGAAGAGAAAGGUUCAGCUUUGAAUGACAUAAUAGAUAAACUGAACAAAGCAAGAACCGAAGAUGAUCUCAAAUCUUGCUUAGAGAUGAAAUCAAAACUCUGUGGUCAAGUUACUUCUGCUGCAGCAUCCGAGAAGAAUAAGGUUUUCCCCAGUUUAGUCCGAAAAGUUGAGAUGAGUGAAGAAGCACUUCAAAGAAUCAGCGAGAAUCUCCAAUCUUUUGACAAGGUUGAAUCUUUGUGAAGUUUGAGAACAUUCGGUCGAUGAAUUGAACUCCAGUUUGGAUGGCGAUAAAAGCUCCAGAUCUUUUGUGAUCAAAGGUAUUGUACAAUGAUCAAACACCCCUCAAAACUGAUUCAUAAAGACUCAAGACUCAGAGAUAUUCUUGUAAAGUAGUGUUGAGCAUCAAUUAGAUAUUAGAACGCAGCAUUGGAUAAAGCUGUUGAUUGUGUAUCUCAUUGGAUUUUUGAAUUUUUUUCACUGUAUGUUAGAUUUAAAUUUGCUUAUGUGGUUGGUAAUAGAAAAACCAGGUCCAAGAUCAUUUUAUUAUGUUGUGAACUAAUAGAUGAUGAAGAUUGUUUUGUUAAA